AUGGAGAAGGAGGCAAGCCAACUCGAGAAGGACCAUGUUCAUAGUGUAUAUGAGGAAAUUGCUCCUUAUUUCAAUGGCUACAAGGCAUGGCCAAAGGUGCAGCAGUUCAUUUCAGAGCCGGAACCAGACAGCCUGAUUGCUGAUAUUGGCUGCAGAAAUGGCAAAUACCUGCACAUCUAUUCUCAAGUCUAUAAACUGGGUUGCAACUACUGUUUCCCGUUGGUGGAAUCAGCACGAAAUGAAGGCCAUGAAGUAAUGGUAUGUCAUAGCUUGUAUCUGCCUUACCAAAGUGAGUGCUCUGAUGCUGUCCUGUCCAUUGCUGUGAUUCACCAUUUUUCAAUGGAAGAGAGGUGCAUGCGAGCAAUAAAAGAGAUGGCUCGCAUCUUGAGAGUAGGAGGCCAGAUAAUGAUAUAUGUGUGGGCAAUGGAGCAAAAACGGAGAAGAUUUGAAAAGCAAGACAUCUUUAAAGAAUUAGCUGUCAGACAACGACUUAAAAUAGACCACCACCCAAAACAAGGAGUUUUCUGCCAACCUCAGAACAAAAGGAGAACAGGCUCUUCUUUGCAGAAGGCAGUCAAUGAGCGUGCCCUGACCACGCAGAGAAGACAGCAGACGGGUCCUGGUGGGGCAUGGUUGAGGUACUACUGCGUUUUUAAAGAAGGGGAGUUGGCAGAGCUGAUAGAGCGUCACAUUCCUGAGCUACAUAUUACUCACUCAUACUUUGACCGUGCCAAUUGGUGUGUGCUAGCAGAGAAGACUGAAGUGUGGAAGAUACAGGGGAAAUUUCCUUAUUGA